UGUCGGGGAGGAGCUGGCGGAGCGGGAUGGCAGGCGCGGCCCGGGAAGUGCUCACGUUGCAGCUCGGACACUUCGCUGGCUUCGUAGGGGCACACUGGUGGAACCAGCAGGAUGCUUCGUUGGGCCGUUUGGCCGGAGCCAAGGAGGUGCCCGGAGAGCUGUGCCCCGAUGUCUUGUACCGGCCAGGCCAAACCUUGCAUGGCCAGGAGACCUACACUCCCCGCCUCAUCCUCAUGGACCUGAAGGGCAGCCUGAGCUCCCUGAAACAAGAAGGUGGACUAUACCAAGACAGACACCUGGAUGCUGCUAUUGCUUGGCAAGGUAAACUCACAACCCACAAAGAGGAACUACAAGCCAAGAACCCCUUUCUACAAAACCUUCUGAGUGCAGAGGGAGUGAUGAGUAGCGAUGGUGUCUGGAGGGUCCAAACAUUUCCCAAUGGUAAAGGUAUUCCAUCACUUGCCAAAGCCUUUCCCCCCAACCCUAAAUCACUAAUCCCUCCUGAGGGCAGCAUCAAGGUCUGGUCUGACUUCCUUCAUGUGCAGCUACACCCCAGAAGUAUCUGUAUUAUCCAGAAGUACAACCAUGAUGGGGAGGCAGGCCGUCUAGAGGGCUUUGGCCAAGGUGAAAGCCUCUUAAGGGAGCCUACCUACUUGGAAGAGCUUGAGGACAGACUACACUUCUAUGUGGAAGAGUGUGACUACUUGCAGGGUUUCCAAGUCCUAUGUGACCUCCAUGAUGGCUUCUCUGGCCUAGGAGCUAAAGCAACAGAAUUGCUUCAGGAUGAGUAUGCUGGACGGGGAAUCUUGACUUGGGGGCUACUCCCUGGACCCUAUACUCUAGGGGAGCCCCAGAAAAACUUCUAUCGUCUCUUCAACACUGCCCUAGGCCUUGUGAACAUUGCUGCUCACAGCUCACUUGUCUGUCCACUGUCCCUCGGGGGUGGCCUAGGGCUUCGGCCUGAGCCUCCAGUCAACUUUCCACAUUUACGUUAUGAUGUCACACUGCCCUAUCACAGCAGUGCUCUCCUGGCUACAGCUCUAGACACGAUCACCGUCCCCUACCGACUGUGUUCCUCCUCAAUUUCCAUGGUGCAUCUGGCUGACAUGCUGAGCUUUUCUGGGAGAAAGGUGGUCACAGCUGGAGCCUCCAUCCCUUUCCCAGUGGCUCCUGGCCAUUCCCUUCCAGAUACCUUGGCCCAAUUUGGAGGGACCAUACCCUGGACUCCACUUUCUGCAUGUGGGGAGCCAAGUGGCACCCGCUGCUUUGCACAGUCUGUGGUCCUUCGGGGUGUGGACAAAACACAACAGACCAGUCAGCUCUCCCCAGGUACAUCACCAAGUUCUCCACUCCAUGCUUGCAACAGCGGAGACGAGGUGCUGGCCCAGUAUUUACAGCAGUUGCAACCUGGGGUCCUGAGCUCCUCCCAGUUGCUGCUGAGUCCAUGCAGGGUAGUACCUCCAUACCCACGAUUCUUCUCCUCACGACUCAACCAGCAGGGUUUGAUUCUAGAUGGCUCCCACAAUGGGACAGCAGUGGAGACUAUCCCUGUGCUGGCUACACUGUGUUCCUCCUCGCUGCUACAUCGGGCCUUGGGCCGCCUGGCUGGGGAAUUGGCCAACCUUGACUUGAGACGCUGGGCCAGUUUUCUGGCAGCAGGUGUGGAACAAGAUGACAUGGAAGAAACCAUACAGGAGCUGCACAACCUGGCCCAGUGUUACAAAGACGGAGAUAGCCUCAUAAACUGAGACUCUUUCAUGGACUGCGCAGCCCAGAGAGGGAAAAAUAAAGUAGUUUUCAAUAAACAUGACUGCUGGGUACAGCAGUUUCUCUCUU